UCCUCCUCCUCCCCGGCUCCAGUCCCCUACUGCAGCCAGCACUCAACGCGUCUCAGAGCUUCCAGUAAGACAAAUGGCGGGGAGCUGUGUCUGUGGCCCGGUGUGUCUGUCAGCUGUCAUGGAUCCGGUCUAACCCAACUUAGCCCGCUAGUAGGACUCUGUGAUUAUCAGCCAGCAUUAGAAGCUGCGGGGAUGGACGCGGCUGAUGUGAGCCAGCUGCCCGACGAGGAGCUGCUGAUGCUGGGGAAGGAUGACCUGGUCCGGAGGCUGAGGCGCUUCGAGAGCCUCAACAUGGACCUGAUCGUGGAGCAGGGAAACAUGAUGAAGGAGGUGAACCGGAGCCUGCAGGUGCACCUUCACGAGAUCCGGAGUCUGAAGGAGGCCAACCAGAAACUGCAGGGAGAGAACCAGGAGCUCCGGGAGCUCUGCUGCUUCCUGGACGAUGACCGGCAGAAGGGCAAGAAGGUGUCCCGGGAGUGGCAGCGCUUCGGUCGCUACACCGCCAGCGUCCUGUGGAGGGAUGUCGGGCUGUACCAGCAGAAGCUGCGGGAGCUGGAGGGCAGUCAGGAGGCGCUGAGGAGUCGGACAGAGAACACGGAGCUGAAGGAGAUCCUCCUCAUGCUGGAUGAGGACAGGAGCGGACCCGGCUCGCGGAUCUCCAUAGACAGCCAGUCCAGCCUCAGCAGCCUCACCUACCCGGCGCUGCUGCGGGACGCCGGGGACGGGAGCAGUUCAUCCAGCACCGGAAGCGCCGGGAGUCCGGACCACUCUCACUCAGGGCCUGAGGGGAAGAUGGGCUCCAUGAGGCGGGCUGCGGACCUCCACAGAGGAGCCGGGCUCAGUGGUGAGAGAUUACCCGGUGUUCCCUGACAGAGAUAACUAAGUAUAUUUAGCCUACCCAAACUGUACUGUACACGUUUUAGGUAUGCCUACUUCACUUGAGUAUCUCCAUGAA